GCGUCACUGGCUCUGAUAGCAGCUGACAGCGACGCUACAAGAGAAAAAAACAUGGUACCGUCCCCUCCUUACUGCGCUGUUGCUGUGUCAUAUCGCAUGUGAUUCGAACUUGUCACCGGGACUUAUCGAUGAUACCUUCAUCGUCUUUGUUCUACACUUUAUGUUGCGAACAAUCACGAUAAACAUAAUGUAAUGUGCGGAGUUUGGUUCCAUAGCAAUGUCAAAAUUGAACGGAAUCGUCUUUCUUCACUUUUUAUCGGUUAUUAUCGCCUCAACAGUUUUAACAAAACUGUCUUUCGCCUCUUACUGUGAGGUAACUGAACCGAAAUCAAGUUUUGUAUACAAAUUAACAAAAUUAUCAUCAAGUAAGGAGGAUAUCAUUAUUCACCAUGAUUCUAAUAAAAGUAUCCGUAUGCAAUUAUGUUCUUCAUUAAUAAAGAAGUGUAAUGGUGAAGAUGGAUAUGCAAUAUGUCUAAUAAGAAACAAUACAGAGAAAGGAAUAGGAAAGUUCCCUCCAGUGGUAGAUAAUACACCUGGAAGAAUAUUAUUUAAGUUCACUGGUGACAAUUGUACACCUGACGUUAAAUAUACAGUGCAAAUUAUUGUGCAUUGUGAUUACAAUGCAGAAAAUAAUUCACGUCCUGAAUUAUUUCCAUACGCAGAAAAGCAAUGUGACAUACACAUGAGCUGGAAGACGGCAUUAGCUUGUACGCCCAGAACUCAAACAAAUUGUACAGUUGUCAAGGAUGGUCAUCAUUUUGAUCUGAGUCCUUUAACAAGAUCUUCGGAAAAUUAUGUAAUCUCUAUGAGGAAUGAAACGAGAUUGCCUAAGAUUGUAUUGAAUGUUUGUCAAUCUGUAGUACGUCUACCCAACGCUUUGUGUCCAAUUAAAUCAGGUGCUUGCUUAAAUGAUCCUACAAAACUUAACAGAUAUUCAAGUUUAGGAGAAGUGCACAAACCUCUCUCCUUUGUGAAUGGGACGUUACAAAUAGAAUAUCAGGACGGUGCAUUAUGUGUUCUAAAAAAUAUUACAACCCCACAUGUUAAAACAACUAUUACAUUUAUAUGUGAUUAUAAAUCUACGAAGACUAUUCCGGAAUAUGUUGGAGGAGAAGAAAAUUGUAAUUAUCAAUUGAUAUGGAACACUGCUGCAGCAUGCAGUAUUGAGUCUCUGCGUAAUUAUAGUGCGAAAACAGCAGGCAAUUGUUCCGUUACGAAUCCAGUUACGAAUUUUACAUAUAACUUGCAAUCAUUAAUGAACCAAGACUUUACUACAACGGCUUUUGUUGCUAAUGCAAGCGGUACAAAGUACAAAUUUAGAUUAUGCGGAGCGCUUGCGGAUAACACAUGUGGAGUUGAAACCGGAAUAUGCAAUACGAAAUACAAUAAAUCAUCGGGCCAAGCUAAUUCUAAUCUGAUGUGGCAGCAAGGCGGCCCUUAUUUGAAUUAUACUAAUGGAGAUUUAUGCGAGAAUGGAAUGCGUCAUUAUACAGUUAUCGGAUUUUUUUGCGGAUCAGAAGGAUCGUCCAAUCUACCUAUCCUUAUGGAGGAGUAUCCUUGUCAGACUGUCAUACACUGGAAUUUAGAUCUAGUUUGUGAAAAAAGAAUUAAAUGCGCUACCGACAAUGACGACGAGAUUAACUUAAAUCCUCUUAUACAAUCGACAAGAAACUAUGUUGUAAAAGCCAACGGUACCGAAUUUCACAUAAAUAUAUGCCGACCACUGGUUCCUACUCCAGGUCUCACGUGUGCACACGGUAGUGCUGCUUGUAAAGUUACGGUGAACUCCAAGAAUGAGUAUAUCAACGAAAUUAGUUUGGGAUUUCCCGAGAAGAGUCCUACAUUAAACAAAGAUAUACAAACGGUAUUACGUUAUACCGGUGGAUCGGAGUGUCCAGAGAAUCCAGCUAAAUUGAUAUCUUCAAACUUUACAUUUGUUUGUGAUAAUAACAAUCGGGAACUUCCAGUGUAUAAACGUUAUGUUGAUUGUACUUACGUGUUUGAAUGGAACACUAGUAAAGCAUGUGGAGCUGUGAUAGGAAGCUGGACAUCACCGUGUACAAUAAGGGAUGGUUUCCUUUCUUAUGAAUAUGAUCUUUCUUUAUUAUACAAAACGCAGAAGAUACACUACGUGAAAAGCAAACAAGGUAAAGAGUAUGGUAUAAGCAUUUGUGGCGGGGAAAAAUACUGCAACAGUUCUGCGAUAUGUUAUGGGAACAACGGUUAUGGAUCGCUCGGGAGUGUAAUUUUUGAUUACAGUCGAGAUGAUGUAAAGCUUAAAUAUAUGAAUGGCAGUAAAUGUCGUAACAAUUUCUAUACGUCUGAAGUAAGAUUUAUAUGUAAUGAAUCUAUAGGCAUUGGUGCACCAAAACUGCUAUUGGAAUCGCCAUGCAGCGCGGAAUUUGAGUGGCACACUGAGAUAAUCUGUGCAAAACAUGCUAAUUCUCAAGUCGCGGAUCGAGAAGCAGCUUCAUCCUCCAAGAUAUUGGAGGAACUUUCUCCUAGUCACGCUGGAACAGUAACUGGCGUAGUACUAACUGUGAUCGCGGUGCUAGCCGCUUUAAUUUAUUUCCGUAAGCCAGAAAAAAGAGCGUGCUUUCGCUCUUGGAUAGAUUCGCUUAGUUUCAGAAGAGGUGCAGGUCGGGUCCAGUAUUGUAGGGUUGACACCAGCGAGGAAGCGAGACUUUUGCUCGAUGCUUCAGAUCCUACACAAUGCCAAACGGACAGUGACGACGAUCUUCUGCAUGCGUAGCGAAGUUGUAUUAAAAUUUGUUUUAGAUUGUACAAGUAUGGGAUAGUACUUUAUUUUUAAUAUUGUAACAAACCGAUGAAUA